AUGAAGCCGUCUCUCAAGGAUGGAGUUGAUGUUCAACUUCAGACAGCGUUUGCCAAUGGCAACUGGCCGCUGGCGGCGCGGCUGGCCGAGAGCAGGUUGAGGAUGACGAAGGAUCCGUACUACGAGAUUGUCCAAGUAUGUGCGCAAUGUCAAGUUGACGAGCCAUCAACCAAGUUUGCUGCGGUUGCUGCUGUGUCCAGACUACUCCGCGACAAACACCCCGCAGCAGGAGAUUUCAACGCACUGAAUCUACUCGAAUGGGCGUCAAAAAGCACGGCCUCGCCGACAUUCUUUGAGGAGAGCAUCGGUCCUCUGCGCGCCCAAGCCGUCAAGGGUCGGCCCAAGGACAAGCACGCCGCAUCACAAUCACUCGAGUCAUGCUUGACUCAUUGGGACUUGAGAAGUGCUCAGCAGAUCGCAGCCGUACUUGAUCGGUCAUAUCCCGAUGAACGACGUUAUCUCUUUUGGAACAUCGCACUCACGUAUUUGCUAUCGACGUCGGAUCAAGCCGAACAGCAACAAAAGCGCCUUUACGGGACACUUGCUUUGAAGCAGAUCCAAAAAGCUGCCCAGGUUGCGGAGCAGGUCAAGCCAGAUGACAGAAGUGUUUCCAGUGGUUCGUACAGAGGCAUCCGCACGGCUGAGGAGAAAUGGCUCUUGUACCAGAUUGUGGAAACACAUGGCUCAGAAGCCGAGUAUGAAGCUCUCGCCUACAGCCAAAAGUUCGGGCCGUUGAAUCAACUACGGCAAGGUGACAAGACUCUAUUUGCCAAGUAUACUCAAAAGCUUGCCGCAGAUGGGAAUUGGGCAAGGAUUUACUCGCUGUGCGAGGAUGCGCUUUUGAUGAAGACGGAGAAUGGGACACUUGGUUUGCUCGCGUGCGACCAUGAUACAUUGGAGUUGCUUGUUACCGCCGCCGGCCAUGCUUGCGGCAGCGACGCUCGGAAGAAGGUUGGCGAAAUUCUUUCCACGCUCCUGAGCGCCCCUGGUCUCAGCUCGAUCCACAGACGCAAUAUCCUUUUGGCUCGCGUGAACGCCACAUUCACACUCCUACCCAAACAUGAGGCUACGCCAACCUCAGACGGUUCGAACAAAUAUCUCUUGGACCUAUGCGGAUAUAUCCGAGACCAGUGGAACAAUCCUUCUUGCUUCGAGGACAUCAGUCGAUUCCUAGACCUUCUCGACCAUGACUCUCUGCGGCUGCUUGUUCAUGAGCUUCUCCCAAAAGUUCAAGACGAAAAAGAGCUCCAUAAAGCUGGGCAAUGGAGGGUACUGCUCUUGAAAGUGGAAUACCUGGCGUCUACAACGCGCCGCUGGGAGAAUGGGCUAGGAAAGUUGCGCAGCCGCAUCAUCGACUUUUACGAAGAAGCGAACGCCUCAUCGAGUCCCAGGAAUCCCACAGUCUCUACGGAUCUUGCAUUGUUGGCAGCCUUUUGUGACAUUCGGCUGGGAACAUCGGAACAUCUGCUCCACGCGACGUUACUCUUGGAGCAUCAGUUGUCCCUCGAUACCUCGCAGACCCAGCUCUGCUUGAUGCUCAUGCAGCUCCACCUCGCUCUUGGAUCGGUCAAGCGAGCGCGCGAGCUUUGGGAUGGAUUGGCCGUCAAGCGGUCUACCAUUGACGUACUGGCACCGCUGUUCUAUGACCGCUUGUCGACAGUGGCACCGAAAAUGCUGUCGCCGAUUGACGAUAUGGGGUGGAAACUCAUGGACACGUUUGUCCAUCACUAUGAGCAGUCACUCAAGACCCCCAUGCACCGCCGACUUGUUGAUACCUUGUAUUCGGAGGCCUACAGCUCCAUGAUUGAGAUCCCCUGCUUCGUGCGGAAAUUGAGGUGGAGCACCACCAGAGCCAUCAGUCUCGUCGAGGAAUCAAGGGUUGGGCGCUUGAAUGGCCUCGCCCAGCAUGAUGUGUUUUCCGACUGCCGAUUCAACGAGUUGGUAGACACUGCAAGUCUACACUCGAAGAUUGAUUACGGAGCAUUUCCAGCGUGGGAUAGUCAAGAGGCGAUUCCGAUACACGUGCUUCUUCGAUACGGUCCAUCGCCCAGCGCUCGUCGUGUGCAAUGUGGUCUGAUCACCGAGGCCUUUCACGAUUUGUGGAGUGAUAAUUCAACAACCCCUGGAUACAAAGUUCCUCGCUUGUCAACCCAAGGCGACUGCGCCUUCGCAGCUGAGACACUUGGGCAAUUGAGCAAUACUUUGGACAAGUUGCUUCUGGCUCAACAGGACGAUCUGACGCCUGCGGAGGCUACCUGCUACGAACUACUCAGUGGUGUCUGUCUAUUGAUUGAGUUGUGUAGCAACGACCAGCAGGCCCCUGGGGUAAUAGAUCCUGUCAUAUCGCAAUUGCUUGACGCGGUUGUCGCUGGCUUGGCUGGACUUGGCGCUUGUCUGCCCAAAGCACAAGAUGAGGGCAUCGAGCAUGUGGCGGCGACGAUGCGGUCCAUGCAUACGAUUGGCAUGUGCCGUGAAGCUGCCUCCAUUGUCCAGAUAGCCAUGAAGCUUUUGAAUGACCUGCGUGGCCAGGAGAAGGAGCAGGCCAACGUCUUCGGUGGGCGAAAUCAAUCGAAAGCUCUUUCAGCGAAGAUUGAGUCGGUGCAGCAAUCGGCAGGGACCGCAGCUACCGAGGCGCAAGAUUGCAUCGCAUCCCUGGGCGGUUACACUGUCGAUCAUCUACAGAGCCACAUGGACGCGUGGCUACUACGGACUGGAUGUAUGGAUGAAAAGUCUUCGUACAAAGGCCAAGUGCGGGCCGUGGCCCGGCAUCUUUUAGCGUCUGUUGGACCCUGAUGAAAACAGAGACUCCGUCGACACAGCAACAAGAUUCGAAUUGAUGUGUCUGCUGAUAGAUCCCGGCAUGUUGUUCCUAUCCGCUGGCCGGGACUGUUCUGAGAUUCCUGACUCC